AAGAUGAAAGUCUGUGCUCCUUUCACUGUUGUCUUGGCUCUGACUCUGAGCAGUGACUGUGCAAGGAUGCACUACAAAUCUGAGGCAGGAAGAGGCUCAAAACAUGAGUUCACUCACCUACAAGUGUUUACAGAGGAUGGAAAUUUAUGCAAAUUUCCUUUCCGGUACGGUGGAAGGUUUUAUCACUCGUGUUUAUCACAUCUAUCUUCCCCAAAAAAAUGGUGCUCAACAACACAUAACUACGACCGGGACGGGAAAUGGGGACACUGCGCUUCGUUGCCCAAAGACCACUCAGAUCACUGCGCAAACAACCCUUGCCAAAACGGAGGGACCUGUUUUCUUACUCACGGCCAUAAGGCGUACCACUGUACCUGUCCGGAGGAAUUCACGGGCAAGAACUGUCAGAUGAAGAAAUGUUUUGACAACAGUCUCUAUGAGUUCUUUGACGUGGGCAUGAGCUGGUCAAGAGUCCAACAAGGAGCUGUGGAGCAGUGCAUAUGUGUGAAUGGCCAGAUCGAGUGCGAGAGUGUUGAACACAAAAGUUGUGUUCAUGAUCCUUGCAUGAACGGUGGAGAAUGUAAAAUGGUUACCUUCAGUGGGAAAAUAGUAUGUGAUUGCAAAGGAAAUUAUGCAGGAAAGUAUUGCAAUAUUGUUCCUAGCCAUCAGUGUUAUGUUGGCAAUGGCACAGAGUACAGAGGUACAGCAAAGACGACCAUUUCUGGACACAGCUGCUUGCCUUGGGAUUCAGACUUGCUUUACCAAGAGCUUCAUGUUGACAGUGUGGAGAAAGCAGUACAGCUUGGCUUGGGGCCGUUCUCUUACUGCAGAAAUCCAGAUGAUGAUGAGAAGCCAUGGUGUUACAUCAAGAAGGACAACAGUUUGUCCUGGGAGUAUUGUGACAUUCCAUCUUGUGCAAGCAGGGGAAGGAGGCCACCAGUUCCAGACAAUGUACAUUAUUCUGCAGUUCCCAGAAGACCAUGUGGGAGAAGACACAAAAAACGAAGUUUUGUGAGACCUAGGAUUGUUGGGGGAUCUUCAUCUCUGCCUGGAUCUCAUCCCUGGACAGCCGCUAUCUAUAUUGGAGAGAGUUUCUGUGGUGGAAGCCUUAUUCAGACUUGCUGGGUUGUGUCAGCAGCACACUGCUUUGCUAACAGCCCACUAAAAUCGACUAUUAAGGUAGUUCUGGGUCAGCAUAUAUUUAAUCAAACAACUGACGUAACACAAACAUUUGAAAUAGAGAAAUACAUCUUGCAUCCUCAAUAUUCUGUGUUCAACCCUACUGAACAUGAUAUUGCUUUGAUUAAACUGAAGAAGAAUGGCCAACGUUGUGCCGUCAAGUCCCAGUUUGUUCAGCCCAUCUGCUUGCCGGAAAGUAACACCAUUUUCCGUGAUCAGUUCAAAUGUCAGAUUUCAGGAUGGGGACACAGGCAUGAGAAUAUAUCUGGUUAUUCAAAUGUCCUGCAAGAAACACUGAUUCCCAUUAUUCCUGAGGAGAAGUGCAGAAGCCCUGAAAUUUAUGGAACAGAAAUCACUGAAAAUAUGUUCUGUGCUGGCUACUUUGACAGCAAAUCUGAUGCUUGUCAGGGAGAUUCUGGUGGACCUCUGGCCUGUGAGAAAAAUGAAAUCUCUUACCUCUAUGGAGUUAUCAGCUGGGGAGAUGGCUGUGGCAGAGUCAACAAACCUGGAGUAUAUACACGAAUGACAAACUAUGUAAACUGGAUUAAUGAGAAGAUAGCCCCCCGAAAAACUAGUUGA